AUGUGUGACAACGAAAGCCACUUAGAUAAAUGCUUGAAAAUUGGUCGUAGUUUUGUUGUACAAUAUUUAGACGAAAAGAUAUUCGCAAGAGGAAAAGGAAAUCAAUAUCUAACAGUUGCUACAGUUAACCAGAAAAAUUAUUGUUCUCCACGUGGCGAGUGGAAAAAAGAACGUUUUCUGAUUGCUUUUCAAGGUUAUUGUCCCGAUAUCGCGACAACAGAAUAUUUACCUUUUGUCGACUUUUCAAAAACAAUAAAAAUGCUGAUCAAUAUAUCAGCAUUAUUUACGUUAUCAUGCCAAAUGAUAGAUGAUGGUAAGAUCUUACACACGAUCGACUUCCACUUGAAUUUUCCUGACUCUUCAGACAUCCACCGGAACAAAAAGUUUGUCGCACUUCCUGAGCUUUCUAUAAAAGCACGAUGGCACUUCAAGUGUGAAGCAGUUGAACUUCUAGAAGUUGCCAUCAACAUAACUUUCAUCAGAAGUUAUCUGAUAACGACGAAGGGUUGUUAUUUGUUUCUUCAAGAAGUUUCAACCAACUGCUUCUUCCUUAUUCAUCAUCACAAUACAAAUUUUCAAGGCAAGAGAUUUAUACUCAGAGAAGGUCUUUGGAGAGUCGUUAACAAGUUGACAUCAACGAAAUUCGAUAAUCUUUCGCAAGUGUUUAAAAAUAUUCACUCGAUGAGGUUGCUAGUAUCAGAAAAUCUCGUAAUACAAAAUAUCCAUGACGAGAUGAAGACAUCAUUUGAUUUUAUAAAUGUAUCAGAUCAGAUGUCAACGUCCGAAUCGAAAGAAAAGUGA